GAUUGUUCUCAGAAUACAACCUUGGUAGCUCCAACAUUACCUGCACGAGGAAACUUUACUAUUUUAACAAAGAGGACUUGUGGAUGGUACAUCACAGCUCCUGAGAAUAACAUUGUGUUUCUGGACCUUGUGUCGGCAAUCUCUUCACCACCCUCUUUAGGGGACAGUAUUGAGUUUUAUGAUGUCAAUGGCUCAAGUUUAACUCGUAUUCCAUUUCAUUUUCCCAAUCAAGCUGGCCUUGAUCGUUACCUGUAUGAGCUCCUCUAUUCUAAGUUUCAAUCCGUGUAUGUUGCAUUCAAGAGUGGUGGCAAGACAGAUGAUGAGUUAACUAUUGAGUACUCAUCUCUUCAUCCGGGUAAGAUUACUGGUGGUAAUUAAUCCAAAAUAUUUUUGUUAAAACAUAAUAAAUUUUUUGUUACCACAUCAAAGAGAAAAUUCUGAGCUUUCAGUUCUGCAAGAGCCUUAGUGGAUUGAGUAGCUAGUGACCUAAUCAGUUCUGAUCACUAACUUACAUAGCAAGCAUUUCUGUUUGAGCUAUUGCAUGAAAACAAAAAAUGGGAGAAGGGGGGUGGGAGAGGAGUCAGAGAAGGUUAUUUUUUAUUCUUUUGCUCUUGUUCCAGCUUAAGUGCAUUAACUCAAACAGAAACACCUGCUACACUGCAGCAUGCAAAGAAAGUUGUGUCCAAUAGCCCAGGGCUAGUGGAUAAUUUGCUAUCGGGCUUGUGAUUUUUGUUCUUAACUUGCCUGACAGGCAAGUGCUGUUUUUGGGGAAAAUUCAAAUUACAGCAGGAUUGUAAUAAAUCCUGCUAAUCAAAAAGGGUUUUGGGUCUAGUUAAAAUGACUUGUGGGCUAGCACAUGCUAGCUAGAGCUUUCCUGAAUGGUAGGCUAUAAAACUGACUAUUUUUUCCCCAGUGCACAGGCUACCAGAUCACUAAAAUGUUGAUGAGAUUAUAAUAUUAGCCAUAAAAAAUAAAGGAAAAUAGCAAGGAGAGGGGUGCUUACCAUUUACACAAACCACCCGCGUGGAAAUUCUGUGCAUAAACAUAAAACUAUAGAAUUUGACGGGGUGGGAAGACGAACUGCGUCAAACUAUAUCCAAAUCAGCUGAGCAAUACAAAGACUAGAAAAAUUACUUCAUCACAAACCACAGCCCAUAUUUUCAGAAGCUUCCCAGGAACGGAAUGGCGUGAACCAUUUGACUUUCCAACUGGAAUUUCCAGUUUUUCCAAGUAAAUGGUAAGUACCCUAGGACUCUUUUAUGUAGGAAGAAUUAUGGAAAAGUGGUUCAAAGACAACAUUGAGGACUAGCUGGUUUCAAGCGUUGCCAUUACUUUGUUCCCUUUAGGGCACGAAAAAAGUGCUGUCUGUUAGUCGGGCAGGACAAGUAGAUAUUCUGGAUCAAUUUUUAGGUUUCUGGGAAACUGCCCACCUACCCCUCCCCUAAGCUGACAUUAACACUAACUUCUCACUUAGCGCAAAAUGAUGGCGUAGGGGAGGGGUAGGUGGGCAGUUUCCCAGAAACCUAAAUUGAUCCAAUGUUCUUGCUGGGCAACUGAAACGCUUAAAGCUUUACAUGUACUUACCCGAUGGGCAAGGGUCCAGCAAGUCAUGCACUAACAAAAUCAUUAACCCUUUAUGCCCCAAUAUCCACAUCUAAAUUCUCAAUACUGAGCUUCAUACAUUUAUUUAAAGAAUUAGUUGAGAGACUUUGAUGACAGAUCAAAGCAUUUUCUCUUUAUUGAUCAUUUUAUUAACUCUCAUAACCAUUUCUCUUGGCGACAUUUUUUUUUAAAUCAAUAUUUAUCCAGAGCAUCCAAUUUAGCAGAGCUAGUUAAAUGGAGCCCUGACACAACACAAUAACAAAGACAUCUUAAAACAUUAAAACUUGACAAUUACUCAAGUAACAAAGGCAUCAUCUACCGCAGGCAUUACUGUUUAAAAUGGCGCUUUAACUUGAUUUUAAAUUCAUUGAGGGUCUCUACUUAUUCUAAUUAUUCUCGGUAGGGUGUUGUAGGUCCGAGCACCGUUUACUCUGAAGCUUCCUUGGUAUUUAGUAGUUUUUGCGAAGGGGGGACGCAGCAAAUCACGGCUUUUGGUGUUAUAGCCAUGGAAAAGGUGCGCGUGCCUAUACUCUGUAAGUAAGUACGAAGGCGCUAUUCCGUGAAGACACUUAGGGACUAAGACGCAUUCGACAUAAUUUCUGCGUGCUUGUAGGCUGGGCCAGCCAAGUGUUGAUUUUAACUCCUCAGCCCCGAUAGAUCGACCUUCAAUAAUACAUGCGGCGCGUCUAUUUAGCUUAUCUAGAUAGGCUUUGCUCCCUACCCCACAACUGUCCCAGACAGGCGAACAGUAAUUGAACAAUGGCAAGACUAAAGUAUUGUAGAGCAUUUGACAAGUUGGCUUGGGAAGAACCUUACGCGCUCGACGCAGAAUACUUAGUCUAGACGAGAUCUUUUUACCGAUUUACCGAUAUAGGGACAUUGUUAGGAGAAAAUUGUUGUUGAUCACUAUUGGGACUUAAAGGGUUAACUAAGACGAGCAAGAAGUGGUGCCGGGCAGGCAGAAUAGAAUGUGAGAGCCUCUUGCCCAAAGGACAUAUUCUCAAGUUUUUCCCAAACACUGCCCUUACUCUGCUUACUCUAUUAUUCUUUUCUUUGGUCAGGUGUUACCAGUUUACUAGUAUGGGUACAAAUUGAAUAAAACACUGCUUUGCAGCGCGCCUUUAUACUCAGCUUAGUGGGCAAGAGAUCUGGGUACGAGUGCAUUCAUUGACAACGCGGAUGUAACUUACAAAUGGCACGCAAUAGAGAGGAGAAGUGUGACGUUACGUUACCAUGGUAGCACUAUUUCUGGAUGACAACAAAACCACGACGGCGACGGCAAGGAGAACGGCAAAAAAUAAUAUGUUUAUGUUAACAAACAACAACUUUGCAAGGGCAUCACGCUAUUUUGUACAUUUCUUUGUCGUCGUUGCACCACUACGACACGAAACUUCCUAAUUUCACGAGCCCCCGCUUUAUGGAGUAGGUGAACACAACACAAAAAUUGUCCUUUUCUUUUUCUAACCUCAGAUAACGAUAGAUACGGUCCUAAAGAAAAUUUCGCCAAGAUUUGCCAAAAUAAAUGAAAUUGAAUAAGAUCGGUGAAGUUUGAAAUAGUGCAAAUAGACUUUUAGGUGACUUUAUCGGUUUGCUGUCAUCCAAAAAUUUUGCUACCAUGGCAACGUGAGGUAACUAUUUCUCUCAAAAAGUAGAUGUGUCGCGACCUCUUCUCGUAACCGACCACCUCGCCAGUCUCCCUUGCAGGAGUUUUUGUCUCGUCACCGCAACGCUCCAAGAGCCUUAAAGCGAUCACUAAACUAUUUUGGGUGGUCGCUUACGGGAGAUUCUACUGUUUAUCUCUUUGCAGUUCACUCUUGUUCCUCUGGAAACUCUUAUGAAGAAAACAUGGGUAUUUUACUCAAAGAUUCCUCUGGUACCAUCACUACCCCAGGAUUUCCCCAGGGCUAUGACUAUAGCCUGAUCAGAGAAUGUUCAUGGACGAUUCUUGCACCUGCGGGAAAUGUGGUGCGAGUUGAUUUUAUCUCCUUUAGCUUGGCCUACAGUGAUUAUGUUACAAUUGCGGAUGCUCUUCCUGGGUGGAAUUUAGCUCAGUCGAUCAGACGUUCAGGUCAUAAAGCUUCGUUUACAGUUUUCUCCAUGGGUAACGAACUGAGCAUCAACGUCUUUGGUCUUUAUAGUUUUGGUACAGGUGGCCCAGGGUUUGUUGCAAAUUUUACAUCAGUUCCUACAGGUAAGAAUACUCGUGAAUUAGUUUGUGUUUGUGUGUGUGUGGAAAGGGAUGCUCUCUUUAUGCAAGAGAUCGUGAAGCUUUACCCAGUCACUAAUAAGGGGAGAAUGGCAUUGCUGGGAUCACUUUAAGGGUGAGCCGGGAUGCAAGGUUUUAUUGAAUUUUUCUUCAAACUAAGGGUGCGUUUCUUUGGGAGAUCUAACUCGAAAUCCAGAUAGUUCAAUCCAGGAACGGAUUGCGGUUUCUUUUCUGGAAUUAAAAAAGAUUUUAGGUCUAAAGAAUCAGCAUUCCGAGCGGAUUCAAAUCUAAACCAGAUUUUUGCGAUUCGUGAUCUGUGCGUGAUUUUGGGCGCGGAUCCCAAAGAAGAACACCUAGUAAACUGUUCGAUGCAAUAAUUGAUGCUGGACUUUGGGUUUCUCAUGCUUGCAGCCGGCUAAAAAACCGGCGAAUGGGAGGUUUGAGCUGUCUUCUUUUUGGGAAAAAAGGGUAAGUGAGAGCGAAAGCCUGAAAUUGUCACUUAUGUCCAGAAAUGCACGCAGUGGCAAAAACGGCGAAAAAUCGCUAGAGGGCUGGCGAUUCAAGUUACCAAGCCACCUACUUUUAAAACAUAGCUGUCUACUUUAACACUUAAUGAGAACCCUGUGACUUUUAAUUUCUUUCACAUCUGUAAUCCGAGGAAAAUUUAAUAAAAAAUUUAAUCCUGUAUUGGAUUCUUAAAAUAUUUACUCAAUGAACAUCAUAUAUCAUUGUGAGAGUUACUGCUGCAUUGUGAGGCAGGUCUAGACAAUUGCUUUUGAUACAUCUAGCUCCCGCUUGGCAUGGCGGCACUUUACCGGCUAUCUGAGCUAACCAGGCAAAAGUCUAGUUCUUCCUUCUCUUUCUCUGUGUCAGAAAUGCUACGCUUUCUCAAAAGCUUAGAGUUGCUUGACACAGAGUGGGCAUGAGCUGGAACAACCAGAAAUUGCUAACUGAAGUUAAUGAAACGUGCUUUAAAAAUUGCAAAAACAUGUUUGGAUUUUUUAUGUACAGUUAUAUCAGGAACUUGCGACCCAAAACAAAACAGCAUUGUCCAAGUGGAUGGUGACGGACUGACUUUCUCGACCCCUGGCUUCCCCUCAUUUCCAGGAAAUGGAACCUGCACUUGGAAUAUCACAGUACCAAUCGGGCGGUUUAUCAAGCUAACAUUUUGGAGAAAAUAUGAAGAUUGUAAAGAAAACUUUGUAAACGUUUUUGAUGCGACAAAUUCUACACGCAUAUCACUUGGAAAAUUCUGCAGCUUAUUCGAGGAAGUUGUGUUCUCCAGGGGGAACAGUUUGCUUGUUGAGUAUAAUUCCUUGCGCAGGGCCUCUUACAAUGGAUUCUUAGCUACGUAUGAAACUAUCAGGGAGCGACCUGCAAACUAUUCUUGUUCAAGAGAUCGAGAUGAAAGUUUGCUGGAAGACGAUCAGGGAGAAUUUGCCAGCUUUUCAUAUCCUGUCCAUUACCCUAAUAACGCCAAGUGUUCCUGGCAUAUUUAUCGUCCGGCUGGAUUUAUCAUACAGUUAACAUUUCAUUCAUUUAAUUUACAACAAUCGGAGAACUGUGAAGCUGACUUUGUAGAAAUUAGGCAGAGCAAAGACAUAACUGUAAGGCGUUGGGAGUUAAUUGCCAGAUUCUGCGGUUCUUCCCUUCCUCCGGUUAUUGUGUCCAACCAGUCAAAUGUGUUUGUGAAUUUUGUCACUGACAUGUUUAAAAUGUACCCAGGAUUCCAUGCAAGCUACAAGGUCCUCGCUAACCGUAAGUAUUUCAGGGUAUUACGCUGUAGAAAGAUGAACUAAAUGAGGUAAAAUAAAAUAAACGACUAAAAGUAAUAACCUCUUAACACAAAGGCUAGUGAGGCUGAACUAAUAAAGAGAAUUUAGAAUGUCUAAAGGAGUUUUGGUGUACUGUCAACUCUGAUAAUGUCACAUUAUUCGUAGCACAAGUCGUAAACACAAAGAACGUUUCGCGUGUUUUGUUAGCCAAUUUUAUCGGGAACGAAAUUUGUCAUUAAAAAAAUUGCGCUAGUUUUCGUCGGUACACGAAAAAACGAGCAAAUGAAAAUUUUCGCGUUAAACUUGUAUGUGUAGACACAGCAUGUGUACAAUCGCCCCAACCCUCAGAAAGAUUCGGAGCGGGUGUAUGAAGGGGGAGGGGGGGGGGUGGGGGGCGGCGCUGGAAUUUACAAANCUAGUGUGAACAAAGGUUAAUAAUUUGUACUGUCAUUCAAUUUUCAGCGGCCAUGGGAGCGUGCAAAAAUCCAGGUCAAAACAACAUCAUACCCCUGACAAGUUCAUCAGGCAGCCUCUUCUCGCCGCUCUACCCACAGGACUACCCGACUAAGAUCAUGUGUACUUGGGUGAUAACAGUACCCGAGGGAUACCUUGUGAGAUUGAGAAUCAAGGCAUUUCGCCUGGGUUACAGUUGUGGCAGUUCCUCUCUCCAGAUCUUUGAUGGUAAAAGUUCAUCAGGCAACUUAUUGAAGAAGUUUUGUGGGAAAGACUAUAACUUAAAUGUUUUCUCCAGUGGUCGUCACCUUUUGGUUCAAUAUGAUUCUCGCCAGGAGUAUUUGGUUGGCGACGUUUUUUUCGAUGCUGUGUUUGAGGCUGUAGAUCGCGGUAAGGUUUAAAGAGUGUAGAAUGCUAGCGGUUACUCAGUUUUGUUGUACGGGCCAGCAAAUCAAGCGAGCAAACGUCGUAAGAAAGGGGAAAAAAGAAAAGAAUUCUAACCAAUUGGAAACUGGAGAGGAAGCAGGAGUAUAGAGGGUUGCUUUUCCCCUUUCCCCUACCCAGCUCUUCUUUCGGUUCGUUCAGUUUCUCUCGCCAUUCAUUUGGCAUUCUCAAACUUAUUAAUUAUUCAUACAGUCAAAAGUCAAUAAAUGACGACCAUUUGGCUCAGGUGUAUUAAUCUUGAUACCUAAUGAAAAACCAGAUAAAACGCCACCAGCAGCUUUUCAUCAGAGAUGAAACUUUUUUUUUUCAUCAGAGAUGAAACACCUGCAUUUGCAUUUGCAUGUCAAAAACUCGGGCUUCGUGCUUCAUCACCCGAGAUGAAGCACUCGCCUAGUUUUUUUUACAUAUUACUUCACGACUACGUGCCUGAAAAGGGACUGCUAGCAGUCUAAGGCUGGCUAUAAGCUUCUGUUAUGUAGAUACGUCUUGGUCCCGAUAAUUAACUUAAAACUUGUAAAAUGAAAGUAACUGAGCAAACAGGAUUAUUUCCCUAAAGCCAUGAGCUCGGCACAAUCCGAGCUCCUCUUAAGGUCACAGUUUGACCCUACGUGGGCAAAAGCGGUCACUGAUUCGAAUGCCAUUUUAAGCCAAAACGGUCAUAGGUUUGACCCACAUUUGUUUCCAACCUGUUGGGCCCAAAACAAUCACGGUUUUCGCUUGUUCCAUUUUGAUGCGCCAAGCCUACUUCCCUGCAUGAUAUUAAGGAGCUUAAAGCAACGAUGACCGCGACGGCAACGAGAACGGCAAAAAUGUGAUAGGUUAUAUUUGCAAAACAACAGCUUUGCAUGUUGCAUGUGCAUCACACUUUUUUUGUACAUUUCUUAGCCUAAUUUCACGUUUUGUCGAGGAUGGGAACACAAGACAACAACUUUCUUGUUCUUUUCUUGAACUUUGAAACAGUCCUCUAGAAUCAACUCCAAAACACUUUGCCAACUUUUGGAGAAUUAAACGAGAUGCUUGGAAUAAGCGCGAUAAAGUUUGAAGUAGCGCGAAUUCACUUUUUAAGUGACGUUUUCGUUGCCGUCGCCGUCGUUGUUGUUAAAGUUUCCUCUUCUUGACUUGAACACAUACCUUCUUAUAUUGUACAUCUGAAUCCACGAGUGGGCAAGAUGAAGUAAAUCCUUCGUUUUGAUUGACUUACCGAGCGGGCAAGCUCGGCUCAUCCUGCCCGCUUGGGAUUUCCCACGUUGGUUCCUCAAUAAAAACAUAGGCACGUUAAACGUGCAUGAGCUAUUUUGACUGCUUUAAUGCUUCGGUGUAACCUUACCAAGAGUGAUGAAUCUACCUCUUUCAUCCUAAAUGUAGAUUGGGUUUUCAUGCGAAAUUGCGUAUUGCGGUACAUAAAUGAAAACGCGAAACGCUCAGCUGAGUCGAUCCUCAACCUAUAUAUUCACUUUCCUCUGUCUUUCCCUGUUACAUCAUGCAAGUUAAACAAAUCGUUAAAGUGGAAUAAAUUUCUACUCACCAAACGUUGAUUAGAAGGAAAACUCUAAGGUUUCCUCAGAGUUUCUUAAGCCAAAAUGUGACUCAUCGAAUACUGAAUAGUUACGAAAUACCAGGAUUUUUAUCAUUGUGGUAGAUGGUUGCAUCAUCAUAAUUCACGAGGUUUUCACGUGCGAUUCUACUCAGUGAAUAGUCUUUAACUCCGACAACUUAUUUCUUCAUGUUUUAAAAGCUAUUGCUUCUUAAAAGACAAGAGCCUAUUUUAAGGCAUUGGUUACAAAACGAAACAGGUCUUCAUACGUCCAAGUUACUAUUUAUCAUUGUGAAAAGCCAAUCUGCAUGAGAUGUACAGUCACACAGCUGGCACGUGAAAGUGUUGGACUUUGCCCCCUUUCGUUGUUCGUACGUGAGGGAAUUCGAGUUAUCAUUCAGUAAACUAGUAAACAGAUUUAUAAAAAUAACUCACGCACACAAUUUGCACGUGAAGAUGUUGGUCUUUGGCCCUUUUACAAUUCGUACGUAAAAAAGGGCAAAUUGUUUACUACAAAAUUUUCUCAAACGAUUUUAAGAAAUCACCUCGGCUUCAUUAUAACAUCUGGAAUUAAAUUAUGUUUCAUGCAACGUCAAGGUUGAUAACCUAACAUUUAUUAACAUUUGUGAAACAGUCUUUAACUCCGACAACUUAUUUCGUCAUGUUUUAAAAGCCAUUGCUUCUUAAAAGACAAGAGCCUUUUUUAAGGCAUUGGUUACUAAACGAAACAGGUCUUCAUACGUCCAAGUUACUAUUAUUAUUGUGAAAAGCCAAUCUGCAUGAGAUGUACAGUCACACAGCUGGCACGUGAAAGUGUUGGACUUUGCCCCCUUUCGUCGUUCGUACGUGAGGGAAUUCGAGUUAUCACACAGUAAUCUAGUAAACAGAAUUAUAAAAAUAACUCAUGCACACAAUUUGCAUGUGAAGAUGUUGGUCUUUGGCCCUUUCACAAUUCGUACGUAAAAAAGAGGCAAAUUGUUUUACUACAAAAUUUUCUCAAACGAUUUUAAGAAAUCACCUCGGCUUUAUUACAACAUCUGCAAUUAAAUUAUGUUUCAUGCAACGUCAAGGUUGAUAGCCUAACAUUUAUUAACUUCCAAGAAAAUUAUCAAACUGCUGAAAUAUAUUUCUACUUAUAUCAUGUUGCUCCACUCAAUAUAACAGUAUCUACUUAUUGUGUCAACUAGCUUCUUCCAAUUUUAUUCCCUAACGCUACUGUUUCUACUUAAGUUACGCAUCUUUACUAAAUAGAACGAAAAAGAUCGGUUGAACUUUGUAAGCGAGAGAAUAAUAUUUUUAAAGCUUGUUUACAGGAUUAACAUUACUCGAUACAGCUUUCAAAAAAAUAAGCUGCCUUUUAAACUUCUAAAACCACAUUUUAUAGGGCGCAUACUUUCGAAUUAAAGUCUAUAUCUAAAUAUCAAUUAUUGCUUCAUUGGAAGAGAUUUGAAAUUAUAUGAUCUUUUAUACUCUACCCAGUUGUAGCAGGUGAAACAGAACUCAUACUGUCGUGCGUUGUACCGAUAGCCGAAUUAGGUCAGAAAUGCAUGCCUCGAAGCAGCAUCCACACUUAAAUAUGAACCCUUAAACAGCUGCAUCACUGUUCACAGCGUUUGAAUCAUGAAGAUAUUUUAUGUACCCGUAAUAAAAGACGAAAAAAUUGUGAAGGAUCAAGAUGGCGGUCUCAAAGUGCCCUUGUUCGACCUUUACCAAUUCCAUGUUUAAAUAGAUGCCAAGAUCUCAUUGGUUCCUAAGCAUCAACUCAUAGUACCUUCAACCUUAUUGGCUCUUGCAACAAACAUCCCAACAUACAAAGAUACAAAGCCACAAAGAUACAUACGCUCACACCACUGACAUAUGAGCUAUUUUUUCAAAAUAGCUCAAAAAUUCUUUACUUACCGGGCUUGUUCUAUCCUGAGUACCAGAGGUUUUCUGCUUGUGUGAGGUGAAAUGCUUUGGCGUCUGCGCAAGCGGAACCCAUGAGAGGCAAAGCCUGGGUCACUCUUAAGACUUGACCAAACCCCCAAAAUCGUGCAGGAAAAGUCUCUGAAACACAAGGUUAGCUAGUUCGUUCAAGUUUGUUGGUUAUUGGCCUCGUUCUUCUUUAUUGCAUUUUAUAUAGCUCGACUUCUCGGUGCGUAAACUUGGCCAAUAUCCAGUCAUCUUGGUCAAUAACGAAUGUUCGUUGCGGAGGAACGCGACACGAAGCCCUAAUACCAUUUUAUUUUUUAAAUUUUAGUACCAGCUUCUAUUUCCUGUACUGAACGCUUCGACAUUACCAAGUUAGAGACGAAAACUGGGGAACUUGCAAGCUACAUCUAUCCUCUACCUUACGAUGACGAUGUCAAGUGCAUCUGGCUCAUCAUUGUGGAUUCUAAUUACGAAAUAAGGCUGUCCUUUGAUUACUUCAAUCUGUCUCGAUCCAGUGACUGUUCUGAUGAUUGUGUGGAAGUCCGUGAUGGUCAGUUUGAUACGAGUGAACUAGUUGGAAAGUUUUGUGGAGCGGAUAUACCUGAACCAAUAACAUCAGAUUCCUCGGCUAUGCGUUUGACAUUCAAAUCCAGUGGAAAGACAAAGUAUCCUGGAUUUAAAGCCAGCUACAAGACGAAAAGUAAGUUUGUAAUGGUGAAAGUAACUUUUGGUUUUCUAGCCUCUUCUUUUUUAUUGAACAGCAACCUACCCGACGGGUGUGUACAAAAAUGGGACAAAAUUGUAAAUUGUAAUUUGUUUACCCGCGGCGCGGUUAAGAGUUCAUGAGAACUCUUUGAAACGUGUCCGUGCGUUCCAGAUCGAAUUGGAAAUUGGAAGUGCUGGUUUUUAUGGAGAGGGGAAAACCGGGCUAUCCGGACAAAAACCUCUCGGCGCAAGGGAGAGAACCAACAACAAACUUAACCCACAUAAGGCUUCGACGCCGGGAUUUGAACCCGGGCCACAUUGAUGGGAGGCGAGUGCUUUCACCACUACGCCACCUUUGCUUUCCUACAUAGGACACAUAGGUCUCAUGCCAAGUACCCUCCCCACCAAAUCCAUGAAAGGUAGACACCAAGGCGAGUUACCAGUAGCAGAGAGUCGUAGUUCCUUUACUUCUCGCAAGAUUGGGUCUACCCGUAACCUUUUCGAGGCUCGGUUCCAGUGGAACCUCUGUUCAGGGAACACCCUCGGGACUCAGGCAAGUGUCCCCUCAUUUGAGGUGUCGCCUGAGUAGAGGUUGGUUUAUGUUUGUUAAUAAUUAUCCAGACAAAGAAAAUAUGCUGCAUUCAUUAUUUAAUGCAGAAAGAUAAUGAGUGAAAAAUCGCGAUUAACUUCGCCCUGCAAUAUGGUGUGUUGAGUUCCCACAAGUGCAGAACACAAAUUUAGGUGAGAUAGCUCAUGCUGUGAAAGCUGUCAUCAUAAUUGUGAGAAGUGUACACGUAAACUUAUCUACCCACUUUUCCCCUGAAUAGUGGAGUUUCCAUUCGUUUAAAAAGUUAGAGGUCCUUAGGACCCCCAGUCCCAGGAAAUUGAAGGUCCUUUUCGCUUUAAAGGGUCCCAAGACCUAUUUUGUGUGUAUGUGUGAUUACAAGAGUUAGAGGGGGUAAUUUGCGGUCUACAAUUUCUUCCUUUGCCACAAACAGAGCUGUUCUUACUAAAGACUUUAAAAGCCGUACCUGAUUUUUCUUUCACAUGAACUUUUCGUGAGAUCUUCUUUGUUGAUUUGCACAGCUGUGGGAUGUUAAUUUCCCAACUGAUGGCGGUCUAAGGCUGAUCGCUGAAAAUUAGUUGCACCAUGUGCAGAGGAUUGGGAUGGUUUUCCGAGACAUCCGUUUGCAUCUACACAUGUUUUGCAUUUCAUCUGGUCAUCGGUGGAAAUAUACAUUAACCAUGAAAAUUCUUCAAGCCAUUUGGACUUGAAGACACCCUUUUUGGGUCAGGAAAACUGCUGAGGAUCUGCAUCAUUUUUUUUUCUCUGCCCGGUAGACGAAGAUUGUGUUGGGUGGACAUAUUCCCCAAUUAGACAAAAUGGCCAGUUGAUGAAACACGUAAGGAUUUCCAAGAUUGUUGCAAAGAUGUCCUUGUGUGUGUCUGAAACUCUUGCGCUCAAAGAAGCGUGCGUCCUUUUCGAUUUUUGAUUGCAAAAUACGCACACGUGUGCGUUAAUGGGAACCCUGCUGACUGGAAGUAAAACCUGGGCUUUGGGACCCACAAAAGUGUCCCUUUCCCCUAAAUAGAGGUGUCCUUUCAAUAGAGGUAACAGUUACAAAGAUUAUGUGAACAUUUUUCCGGCACCAAAUUUUUGUGUCCCUUGAAUGGAGAUGUCCCUUGAAUAGAGAAAGAGAAAGGGCUCCUCUCCCCAGUCCACAUCUGAGUUCCUCGCCUUUUUCUUUUACCUCGUGCGAUUCCUCGUGCUUGCUUUUCGCAUCGUUCCUUCUGACAGGAACAGACAACAGGCUGUAGCAGGAGCCGAUGUACAAUUGGCUCCUGAGGGAUGUCAAGCUGUUGUGGGAAGGGGGUAUCUACUGUUUGCAAAAGGUAAAGUAAAGUGACAAGAUUUGACCCGAUUCUCUCAAAAUGUCCUUUUGAACCCAUAGAUUUCGAUAGCGCACUGUUAUGUCACAGAAUAAUAUUAGCAGCAUCUCAACAAAAUUUGCUAGAAUUUUGUUUUUUUUUGGCAUAAGAUAAGAGCGAUCUUUCGUUAAAAAAUCUCGUUGUGCUGGUAACAGAUAUUGUAAACUGUUUUGAUAGUAUCGCUAAAUAUAUAGAGGAUAUUACACGGUGGCGAGAAGAUAUGAAUUUUAUGUUCGAGUGGCAAGAACAAUAUCUCACGAGUGAGCGAAGCGAACGAGUGAGAUAUUGUUUUUGCCACGAGAACAUAAAAUUCAUAUCUUCGAGCCAACGUGUAAUGUUCUUUUUAUUAUAUGGAGAAACCAAUUCAACAAAAGCAAAAGGCGGGAAUCGUGACGUCAUUGAACGAUACGACACUCACAUAGGUGACAUACGGAAAAUACGCCACUAGUAAAACACCUCCCAGUAAAACACUCUCCUCCAUAUAAUAAAGCUUGAUAUAACACCCACUGAAAUAGUGUGCACUUCAGAUAGCCUAACGUAGCUUUGUUUAUUUUCAUCCGGCAUCUUUUAUUAAGGUACGGUUUCCCUUAUUUCUGUUUAGUGUCCACAGGAGCCAUUUUGAAAAUUGUCGGAUAUUGUGUUGGUGGACUUGCUUUAACAAUUGCUUUGAUUGGAGGCUGUUUUAAGUGUUACCUUAUGCAUAAAGCAAGAAAAGCUGUUUCGGAAGAACUGCCAGACAACAGAGAUGAGGAUUCCCCACUACAAGAGCAAGCUACUAAACUCUAG